AUGAUGAACCUGUUCAGAAAGCUAACUUCGACCGUGGCCGGGCCAACAAAGAUGGUGCUAGUUGUACGAUCCGACCUAGGAUUAAGAAAGGGAAAAAUCGCCUCCCAAUGCGCCCAUGCAGCCGUUAUGUGUUACAUGCGAUCAGCUAGCGUUAACCAGGCGAAGCUGAAUUUGUGGUUGGUACAAGGACAACCGAAGAUUGUAGUCAAAGUGGAAAGUCUGGAAGAGAUGGUGGCAAUCGCCCAGCAGGCCAACGAAAAGCGCGUGGUGGCCGAGAUAGUAAGAGAUGCCGGCAGAACUCAGGUUAGCUCUGGGACAGAGACAGUAUUGGGGCUUGGGCCGGAUUCAAGCGAUGUCAUUGAUUCGUUAGCGGGGCAUUUGAAAUUGUUAUAAGAAAUACAUGGUUCAUUAGUUAAAAAGACUGAGUUAUAA